AUGCAGCGCGGCCCGCUGUCCCCCGGUCCCAGUGACGGUCCUGGCGCGCUCGGAACUUCGUAUCCCGGCGUGCAUCGCGGGCAGGGCACGGCGGGACUACGAGUCCCAGCGUUCAACGCAGGCGGGCAGCCUAUUACCCCGUCACACGCGGAGACCCAGCCUCCUGAGACUACGAGUUCCGGCAUGCACCGCGAGCCGCUCUCCUCGACUUCCGUCGCGCACUGCGAGUCCCAAUGUCGCGAGACUACGGGUCCUGGCAUGCCGUGCGCGCCGCGGGCACGGAGACCUGAGGCUGUUGGCGUCCGGGUGGCCCCGCCUCGUGUCCAGCCCGGACCCCACGCCGCGGGAGCUGCUGUGGUCUUCUCUUCCUCCGACCUUCCCUUCGACGCGGCAGCGCAGGGGCAGGUGCGCCGCCCUCGGCCCGCGCAGGCGGUGGGCCCGCUUGGGGCAAGGCGCCCGGAAGCCCCUGGUGGGUUCAGAAAAUCCGAGCGACCGCAGCGGGAGGGCGGGCACGGAGCGUGGUCCCAGUGGCCCCGGGCGAACCCUGAUGAGCAGCAGCCGCAAGUGUCUUAUUAAAGGAGAGCCAGUUUCUACGUUUGUCGGGAGUUUACGUGAAUUAAGCUGGCGGGCGGGCGGCCCAGCCUGUAGUCCCAGCACUUUGGGAGGCUGAUGCCGGCGGAUCACCUGAGCCUGGGAGUUGGAGACCAGCCUGGGCAACAUAGCAAGACCCCAUCUCUAAAAUAGAUUCAUUAAUACUUAGCCGGGCGCGGUGGCUGAGGUCCCAGCUACUCGGCAGGCCGAGGCGGGAGGCUGGACUGAGCCAGGCCCCUCUGGACUGUUUUUACUUUUUCAGCCUUAAUACGUGCCCGAGUUCUUUUUUUACUGUGUAUCUUUGUUCUUACAUAUAUAAGUGUUAUGUACAAUUGAGAUUAUCCUGUAUUUGCCUUUUCCCCUCACGUUUAUAUGGUGGCUUUUCUCAUUUUAGUAAACAUUUUGGAAAUUGUCGGCCAAAAAAGAAGCGGAGGCAUAGUUUCUUUAAGUAGAGAGUUUAUUUAGGCCACCCUUGAGGAGCACAAAUUCAAGGCACCCUGAGUGUGUACUCCGAUUAGCAGUUAGCAGUGGGUUUUAAAGGCAAAAGAGGGAGCCAGAGAGUCGACUAAAAGGAACUUGUUUGUCAGGAAUUUCACUGGUUUACAGAAAUAACAUUGAUUAGUGACUGACUCUGUGUUAAGCUAUUGAGUGUGGGUGUAGUGUCCAGUGUGGCGUUAUUAGGUUAAUUUAUAGCUGUUUGUAGCGCUAUUGCCACUGGUCGCAGUUUAAAGAGAUGAACACAGGUCAAAGGGUAGUGGGGCGUGAUUGUCACCUCAUUUGAAUGUCUCUCUCGGCCUGAUAAUUAAAAGGACUCACGUUCCUCAGAUAAAAAUUGUUUUCUCAAAACCAUUUACAUUUGGUAAUUAGAAUGGCACAGAAUGGGCACAGUGCCUUUUAGCCCUCACCAUUACUUGCUGUUAGGAGUGCAUUUUUUGUAGCUGCGGGUUUUUGCCUAUCUGUGCUGCCUUCUCCAGCCCCUGCCCCCAUGACUGCAAGGGAAAACGUGCGGCGCUCACGAGAGAGCGUUUAUGGGAUUUUUAAAAAAGUAGAGAUUGUGGGAAAAUGGCACCAGCAGUCACAGUCUUUCAGUUUCUCACAAUCCCAUAAAGACAGAACAACCAGGUAACAAAACUAAAAGCAUGGGCAACAUUUACAAGGCCACUGGAUGAUGAAGAAUUCCCAUGAACCCCUCGUUGACACUGUAAGGACAGACUACUCAAAUGUAGCCUGAAGCCACCUUCUUACAUUCUCUUAAGUUUAGCCUGUAGGUUUCUCCAUACGUAGUGAUCUGUAAUCUAACUGGAUGUGUGGACAGAGUAUAACCUACUCUUGAACCAGUCACAGGUGGUCAGCUCUUCAAACUCUGUUUCAAUAGGCCACAUGCGAGCUGUAGCCGCCCUGCUGUUUGCAGGCCUCACCUCUGCCUUCUGUGCCUCACUCCUUUUUCUGUCUGGAAGUCUUUGGCCACACAGCGGCACUGGAGUCUCUCUGAGCCUGUUGUGGUUUGAGGGGCUCCCUGAUUCCUGAAUCAUUCUUUGCUCAGUUAAACUCUGUUAAAUUUAAUGUUUCUCAAGUUUUCCUUUGAACACUCCCAGCAGCGCAAGCCCUGGGUGAUGUCAGCGCCUGCGAGAGAGAAAGUGGUGGUGAACAGGUUUGUCUCAGAUGUUGAUAUGUAUCAACAUUCCCUAUUUGAACCUCUUCCCACCGGCGGCGUGUGAACUUUGGUUUGAAAACAUAAUUCUGUAAAAGGGGAAGAACCUGUGUUAUUUAGGGAUUUGAAAUGCAGACCUUGAUGGAACUGACAGGCUGAUCUAGGUAGACAGAUGUAGACGUCCCUAGAUGAUUACAACUCCAACCUGGGUAGAUGCCCUGUGGUCUUCCAAUUAGAGAUGCUAGACAGCAAAUGAAACUUACCUUGUCUUUAAUUGGUGUGCUACCUUUGGUUAAAAUCAGCUAUCUUACAGGCAUCAUGAAAUAAAACUUUAGUAUCAACAGAUUGAAACAAAUUUAUUGGGAAGAAAGUGAGGCCACAGUCAGGAAAAUUAGCAUAAGCCACCACCUGUUAGUCAAGAAUCUUAGAAACGGGCUGGGCGCGGUGGCUCAAGCCUGUAAUCCCAGCACUUUGGGAGGCCGAGACGG